UUGUCAAACACCAGCAGCAGUCACAGUCGAUGUAAAUAAUUUUAGCGACUGUAUCGUAGUUCGUAUUCAACAAAAUGAUGAAGGGCGGAGGACUUGGGUCUCACCGGCCGUUAUCGGGGCAGCUGUACAAGUAUACGAAUGUGGUGAAGGGCUGGCAGCAGCGCUGGUUCGCUGUGGACCCCGAGACAGGAGUACUUUCGUACUAUUUGUUCGAUGGACCCGGAGACACCGUACAACCAGGGCAGCCUGCUAGAGGAGAGGCACAUUUGGCGGCGGCUGUGGUUUGUCCGAGUGACGAAGAUUCACGCACAUUCACACUAAACUGCGCCUCAGGAGAUAUGCUCAAAUUGCGUGCCACAGACGCUAGGGCGAGACAAGAGUGGGUGGAUGGACUGCGGGCUAUUGCAGAGAUACAUACCAAGGCGAUGGGCGCGAACCCGCCACUGCAGCCGCGUGAGCAGCUUGCUGUGCAUGGUGCUAUGGCAUCUGCGCGACAGCAACUACAGCAAACAGAAUUAAGUGAUGCAUCCCUUGCUCGGUGUAUUGAAUCUUCAGACUCUCCUUUCCCUCACACAGACCCAGAUCUAUUACUACUAAAGGCCACGUCAGCGGCAAGCAUGCAGUGCCUACUCCAGUGCCUCGGCAUGCUUCACCGGCAGCAACAGUACGCCACCACUACGGGCCUCAAGAACGACAAUGAUCAUUAAUAUCAGCUCUCAACUGUUUCAGUCAAUCCAAAUUGUGCUCUAAAUCAUA